AAACCUCAGAAGGCACUGAAAUAGUAUUCAGUGCUACGGGGCACUCCGAGGGAUCAAGCUAUGGUGAAAAAUGUUCCGAAAAGGCAAAAAGCGACACAGUAGUAGCAGUUCCCAAAGCAGUGAAAUCAGUACGAAGAGCAAGUCUGUAGAUUCCAGCCUCGGGGGCCUUUCUCGCUCCAGCACUGUGGCCAGCCUUGAUACUGAUUCCACCAAGAGCUCAGGACAGAGCAACAAUACUUCAGAUACCUGUGCCGAGUUUCGAAUCAAGUAUGUUGGUGCCAUUGAGAAACUGAGGCUGUCUGAGGGAGAAAGUCUCGAAGGACCUCUAGACCUGAUCAAUUACAUAGAUGUUGCCCAGCAAGAUGGAAAGUUACCUUUUGUUCCUUUGGAGGAAGAAUUUAUCAUGGGAGUUUCCAAGUACGGCAUAAAAGUAUCAACAUCAGAUCAAUAUGACGUCCUGCACAGGCACGCCCUGUAUCUGAUCAUCCGGAUGGUGUGUUACGACGAUGGUCUCGGGGCAGGAAAGAGCUUGCUGGCUCUCAAGACCACAGAUGCGAGCAACGAAGAAUGUAGCCUCUGGGUCUAUCAGUGUCAUAGCCUGGAACAAGCACAAGCAAUCUGCAAAGUUUUGUCCACUGCUUUUGACUCUGUAUUGACAUCCGAGAAAUCCUGAAUUCUGCAGUCACGUGGAAGUCAGCCUCGUGUGAAAGCUGAACUGUUCCAAUCUGCAGUGUCGAACCAUUGAACCUUUGUGGAAAUACAAAGCAAUACCUUGCUCUAGAUUUUUUCAGAAGAAAAUCCAAUGUAUGACAUACCAAUAUUUGCUUUUCUAUUAAAAUGUGUCUUAAU